AUGGGGUCGCUCAUCAAGGACGACGACCAUAACAAGCAGGUCGCCGUCGAUCCGGCCAUCCUGCAGCUGGCUCAGCUGGACUUCAACCUGGUGCAGGCUCUCCACCGGCGAGAGCUCGCGGAGGUGAUGCGGUGGUGGAAGGAGAGCCGCCUGGGCGACUACUCCUUCGCCAGGGACCGCGUCGUGGAGUGCUGCUUCUGCGCCUCCUGCAUCGCGCGCCGGAGCCGCGCCUGGCGGAGUGCAGGGAGGUGCUCGCGAAGAUCGGCGCCCUCAUCGUCCACCUCGACGACAUCUACGAAACGUGUACGGCACCAUGGACGAGCUCCAGGCCUUCACCGACGCGGCGACGCCAUCGCCAGCUGGGAGCACUGCGACGACGACGACAGUGCCGUCGUCAUGGGCAUGGCGCUGCCGGAGUACAUGAAGGCGAUGUACUCGGCCAUCUGGACAACUUCGGCCACUGCAGCAGAUCGCGUGCUCGAGAAACAUGAAUACGACAUGCUUCCACUCUACAAGAAGGCGGAACGACGGGGACGGCAUCACCUCGCCGACUCAUCGCAUGAAGCAAAUGGUCAAGGACCUGCUCUUCAACCCUAUCCAUCAUGUCCUCUCCUCUAG